UACAAUUUUGAACCGCCGCUUCUUCGCUGUUCAAAAUAUUUCGUUUCACCUUCUCCACAGAACGACUGUGCUUUUUCCAUCACUGCAGCAACCCCGAUCCAAUCCUAUUCGAUUUCGCCCGAGAUGUACGAGUCCGAGUCGGCGAACAAGAGGACCGAUUCCACCCAAUCGAGGCGGCUCAGCCUCAUCGACGUCUCGGCUGAGGACGAUUCGCUCCUCAAUUCGUUUGCUGGAGACAACAUGUUUUCAACUUCAGAAGACCAGGAAAACAGAAGUUUUCAAUUGUUUGAGGGUAUGACUGCUAACAAAUUAGAGGAUGUGCCUGAAAACUUUGAGCUAACCAAGCAAGUAACUGAACCUUAUGAAUCACUGGAACCUGAAAUGACAAAGAAAAGUGGCAAGUGCAAUCUUCGCAAGAGUUUAGCUUGGGAUAGAGCCUUUUUCACCAGUGCAGGUGUUCUGGAUCCUGAGGAGCUGUCUUGCAUGAUUGACGGAGAUAAGACUGGAAAAAAGAUGUUACCCGGAAUUCAAGAGGAAAUUCACAGAUCCACCGAUUCCAUCUCCACAUUAGGAAGUGAUACUUUGACACUAGAAAGUAGUGAGGCCAAUUUGUUUGAAGAUGUGAGAGCUUCAAUCCAGAAAUCCAGUAAAGCAUCCAAAGCAGUGAAUGAAAGUAUGAAAGAUGGUUCGGGAGUAACAGAAACCAAUAAUAGGGGCACUUCGAAGGGGAUCAAUGUUGUUUCUCAAAACAAGGUGAUGCCUAGAUUUGCUUCUAAGAAGCCAACUGUCAGUGUGCAAAAACCAGGGAAAGUGAAAAAGGCAUCUACAUGUCCAGACGUAUCACAGUCUGAUUCUGCACGUGGAGACACAUCUACAUCUCUUUUGAAGCGAACAAAGGUAAUAGGGAAGCCUAUACCUAGCCCAAAACCUUUAACCAAGAGGGCUUCUCUGGGUAGCAAACUUAUCCAAAGGGAAAAGGAUAAUGUCAAAAGUGCAACUGGUAGAGGGGCUCCAUUGCCAAAAAUACCCUUAAGUUCACGAGUUCUACCUGGGCCUGGACCAUUAGCUAGAUCUUCCUUUUUGGAUACUUCACCCGGAACCAAGAGAGAAGGAGCUCCUUCCUCAUUUGAUAGUUCUGGCAGUACUUCUAACAACAUUGGUCCCUGCAACUCCAAGAGAAAAACUGAUUCCAGGACUGCCAAUCCCCCUUCCUCCGGUUCUACCAGCAAAACACCAUCACGAAUUGAGCCAAGAAAUAAAUGUCAAUCUGGAAAAUCUCUUCUGUCAACUAACAAGGUGCCUGGGACAAAGCUGGUUACUAGCACAUCCCCUGCUCACUCAUGGUCCUCAGAGUCAUCGUCGUCAUUUUCAACUUUAGAAAAAAUGUCAUACAGUCCAAGAGCUAGCCUUGACACAAGAUCGUCCAAAAGCGGCUCCGUAGGUGGUGAUACACCAGAUAUUCUAGAUUUGAAAAACCAUAUUUAUGAUCAAAGCUCAAUUGGAAAUGAGACUCAGGUGACUGGGUUGCUUCGUCAGUGUGAUGUGAAAGCUUCAACCGAAAAUAGUGGACUUCCUCCAGCUUCAAAACCUUCCGGACUACGAUUGCCAUCACCCAAAAUUGGCUUCUUUGAUGGGGCGAAAACAACGGUGUCCUCCCCAAAGGGAAGUAUGCAGCCUCAUCCUGUUGUACGUAGUGGCUUGCCUAAAAGUGGGGUGCGAAGUGUUAUCCUGAGUGCGGGACAAAACAAGGGAAAGGUGGGAAAACUUUUACCUGUUAGAAAUGUAUCUAAAUUGGGGAAUAAGACCACUGAUGCUCAAAAAACGUCCUUUAGCACGAAACCUAAGUCUCCAGUACCACUCCAGCAAGCAUCCAGUGCUGCAAAGGUCCUUCGUCCUUCAAGGAACAGCAUAUCUCCUAAAGUUCCAAGUCAAGGGCCUCAUAAAUCUGGCAGAGAAAAUCACUUGAAGGAUGAGAAAGUUGGAACUGAAGAACAUGGUACUGACAUUAAUGAGCAAGAAAACUGUGUUGUAGAGUUAAGGGGCAGCCCUACUUUCUCAAAAGAUAAAGUGAGCCCACAAUUGAAGGUUCAUUCCCAUGGGAAGGCAGCAAAAGUCACUCCUAUUAAUGGCGGGUCUCCUACUAUUUUUGAUACAAGUUCCACAUGUAAUGCUGACAACCCCCUUUCUGAUAAAUUGGGUGAUGCAACAUAGGAACCAAGUGAUUUCAAGCAGUCGGAAAAAUCUCAUCUCGAAGAUCAGGUUAGUGGCUUGAGCAAACAAGUUGGAGCCAUGAACAUAGACACAGAGAUGGUGUUUAUUUAAAAGAGUAGCAUUUUCUUGUAACGAACCUUUGCAACGCGUGUGGGUUUGUUGAUAAUUCAAGAGGAUCACCUGUGCUGAAGGGAGAACAAGCCGAGAUUAGGGCAGGUAGCAUUGAAAGUGGUCUUGUUGCAUAGGAUUGUUCUGUAGGUCUUUGCAUUGAAAUUGUUUGUUUGGUGCAUAUAUCAACAAGAAGAACGCAUUUGAGUUGCCAAUUAAAUGGUUUUUCGUGUA